AUGCAGGAGCCACACCCAACCAACAGUGUGAAUCUACCACAGCGCAGUAGGACUCACGAAAGCCUCACACGAUCGCUGACAACCCAACUAUUAGAGGAUUCUGAGCAUCGAUCGCACCCUCAGGCCUGGGAUCCAAAACGCACCACAGAAUGGAUUCGUGAUCUCCUCAAGUCGAGAAGAUCCAGCACGGCGCUAACCCAAUCUCCAAAGAAACACCAUCCUCUUCAACAGUCUCAUCAUGAUUAUCCAUAUCAUGGCAGAGGUUCGCCAAUGAGCAGAGUGACUACAUUCUCUGAUCAAAAUGCUGCAGAUGCAGACGCCAUGGAACAGGCCAUGGAGAACCUCGAGCGUCUUCUAAGCGAGGCACUUGAACUCGCCAACGAAGUAGCUGAGCACGACCAUGCGCAUCUUGAUGAUAGUUUUCUCGAGCCUCCUAUCCCCGAAUCACCCAUUGCAGAGGACUCUCAGGCCUCGAGUGUUCAUGAAAGCCUUCCCCAGCACUCAUCAGCUGACGAUAUUCCUUCAAGGCUGUAUGCACACAGCGGCAACGUUCGAGGCCCUGUACUCUCAUCAAAACCAUCAAGUCUGACACGACAAAACAAAACGUCCUGCGAAGACCCAUCGUUACCUCUCCCACCGCCCGACCGAGACUUGAAAAGGGAUUGCAAAAAUUCCUCUAGGCUUGCAUACGAUGAGGAUGAUUCAGGAACAAUCACUCGCCAUCGAAAAGGGGCGGUGCCAAACAGUCGUGAAGUCCGGGAAUACAUACGCAUCUUCCACUCGCCGCCCAUCACACCGCGUGUGGGGUCACAAGGUAUACAGAACCACACUUUCCCGCAAGUUAUAGCAACCACUUGCGCUGUUCGGGAUGAUAUAGCUGCCAGACGAAGGUCAACGGAGAUGUAUAGCUUAGAUGGUGGGUCUGACGACAUUGCCGAUUUCUCGCCUCCAACUCAACACGUCCAAGAAAGCUCAGCACCGAGGAAACGUAACGGUUUCGCCAGACACUUGAAAACUCACGGCGUUACAAAAGUUCCCGCAGAAGCUCGCAUCUCAUCCAAGUCAAAACGCUCAGAGACCUUGCACAAUAUUAGCCUUAAUGGACGGUCUCAUAUUAGUAUUCAAAAUGCCAAUUUCAGUUUGACGAAGUCACAUCGUCGACAGCCAAUCGCCCGCGACUAG